AUGGCGCCCUUUAAUGCCCCCAAGCUUGACACUUCCCGCUUUCCCUUCCCUGUCCAGUCCUUUAUUGGGGGCAAGUUUGUGGACAGCACUGGCGAUGAAAAACAUACGCUCAAGUCUUCAGUCAAUGAUAUGAUUCUCACAACAGAGCUGCAGUGGUCAAACGCUCAAGAUGUCGAUCAUGCUGUUGACUCCUCUCGAGAUGGCUUGCGUCUAUGGCAGGCCAUGACCGAUAACCAGCGCCGAGAUGCCUUGAUCAAAUACAGCAAACUAAUCCGGGAGAAUCGGGAGCAGCUCCACUGGCUGGAGGCUGUCCUCGUAGGGAAAGAUGCUAGCUUCUGCAAUAUGGAAAUCGACGUUGCUGCCGACCUAUUCAUUUAUUACGCCAGCAUGAUCGACAAGUUCGAGAGCGCGGUUGUGGCGGCGAAAGAUGAUAGUCUUCAGUAUACCCUCCGCCAACCAUGGGGCAUUUGCGCCGGUAUUUGCCCAUUCAAUGGAGUCAUCAUCACCCUUGCCAUGAAGGUCGCCCCAGCACUUGCCUGCGGAAAUUCCAUCAUCAUCAAAACGAGCGAGCUAAACCCCUUCUCGACCCUCUUCAUGGCAUCUCUAGCAACCCAAGCCGGAAUCCCACCUGGCGCCUUCAACUGCCUUGUUGGCGGCGCAGCCGCCGGCAAUGCCUUAUCUUCACACAUGGAGGUCCGCAAGAUCAGCUUCACCGGUAGUAUAGGGGUCGGAAAGCUGAUUCAAGUCGCCGCCGCAAAGUCUAACCUCAAGAGCGUCACUCUAGAGCUCGGCGGAAAGUCCCCUCUGAUUGUUUUCGCUGACGCGGAUUUGGAGAAGGCCCUGCCGGCCGCGACACUGUUCCUCUUGAUGAACGGCCAGGGAUGCGCUCUCCCCACACGACUCUACGUGCAUGAAUCCAUUGCAGACGAGUUCGUCGCAAAGCUCAAGUCCAUGGUUGAAGAGCAUGGUCGGAGCCUCGGCGGCGACCCUACUCUACCUAGCACUCGCUCGUCACCGCUGUACCACCACCGUCAGAAAGAGAUUGUGCUGUCGUACAUCGAGGCUGGCAGCAGAGAAGCAACACUGCUCACUGGCGGCAAACCCGUCGGAGACAAAGGCUGCUACUUCGAACCAACCAUCUUCGUGGAGCCGCGCCAUAACGCCAGGGUUCUCAGAGAAGAAAUCUUUGGACCUGUUCUAGUCGUUGUCUUGUUCUCCACCGAAGAUGAGGUUGUUGCGUUGGCCAAUGAUACCGAGUUUGGCCUGGCUGCCUACGUCUGGACGGCGGAUAUCAGUCGAGCCCUACGAAUGUCUCAGAAGCUGGAAGUGGGGACUGUCAGCGUGAAUGGAGCUGGUGGUAUCCAUCCCAGUAUUCCCAUGGGAGGAUGGAAACAGAGCGGUCAGGGGGUAGAAAAUGGCAAAGAGGCCAUGCUUGAAUGGACGCAGUCAAAGUCGGUUGCUAUAAAGGGAUAA